CACUCUUUGCUUUCUCAACUUGUCCUUCCAUGGCGGAACGAGCUCUUCACUCCUCAUUUUUCUUCUUCAGUAUCAUCUUCCUCAGCUUCUUCCCCUCCGCAUUACUGCUUCUUAACCCAGAGGAUCAUGAACCUGGCCUCGCCGUCCAAGCCGACGACAUCAACAUUGUCCAGACCCGUGGAGAUUUAUGGAAGAAAAAAUGUGACUUCUCCGUGGGAAAAUGGGUUUACGAUCAAUCUUAUCCUCUCUACGAUUCUAGCUGUCCCUAUCUGAGCACUGCCGUUACUUGUCAGAAGAACGGACCUGAUUCGGGUUAUGAGAAGUGGAAGUGGAAGCCAAACGGUUGUUCUAUCCCAAGAUUUGAGGCAUUGAGGUUUCUUGCUAAAAUGAGAAGGAAGAGAAUAAUGCUGGUGGGUGAUUCUAUCAUGAGAAACCAAUGGGAAUCUCUUGUUUGCUUAGUACAAGGAGUUAUUCCAACUGCUAGGAAGAGGGUAACCUACAAUGGUCCUUCAAUGGCUUUCCAUGCUAUGGAUUUUGAGACUUCAAUUGAGUUCUUCUGGGCACCAUUGUUGGUAGAACUCAAACGAGGGGCUGGAAAAAAGAGAAUUUUGCAUUUGGACUUGAUUGAAGAGAAUGCAAGAUAUUGGAAAGGAGCUGAUGUUCUCGUGUUUGAUUCAGCUCAUUGGUGGACUCACUCUGAUCAAACUAGCGCAUGGGAUUAUUACAUGGAAGGAAACAGUUUGAUUCGAAACAUGAACCCCAUGGUUGCUUAUCAGAAAGGACUCAGUACAUGGGCAAAAUGGGUGGAUUUAAACCUUGAUCCUCGUAAGACCCGAGUCAUUUUCCGAAGCAUGUCCCCAAGGCAUAACAGGCAAAACGGAUGGAAAUGCUACAACCAGAAGCAGCCUCUGCCAUUUUUCAGUCACCAGCAUGUUCCUGAACCACUUUUAGUUCUACAAGGAGUGUUGAAGAGAAUGAGUUUUCCAGUAUAUCUUCAGGAUAUUACAACAAUGACAGCUUUCCGAAGAGAUGGGCAUCCUUCAAUUUACAGAAAGUUGAUAACCCAAGAACAGAAGCAGAAACUAGAAGGAGUUUCCUCCGAUUGCAGCCACUGGUGCCUCCCUGGGGUUCCUGAUAUUUGGAAUGAGAUGUUGAAUGCAAUGCUCUAACUGUGGUCUAGCUUUUCUGUGGUUUUUAAGUUUAACCGGUACAAUUCAACUACUCCAGGUCAGGAUUUGUCUUUAUCAUCUAGCUAGAGCCUCUCAAGGUUGGUCUGCUCUUGCUGGUACAUGGCUGAUUUGGGUUUUCUAUUUCUAGUUAAUGUUAUCAUAUGGAUAACAAUAUGCUUGGAUUUUUCAAUCUAAUUUUCAUAAGCUGCCAAAGUAUCUUCUCUUGUCAUUUUGAAGCAAAUGUUACAUUUCAUAUAUCUUCAUGAGUGUGAUGUAAGUAGAGUGGUGGAUUUAUUUAUCA